ACCUUGACCUGUCUAGACACCACAGUGUGUUUUUGUUCUGUUGCCAAGGCAAGGGGAUCUACUUUUGCAACUUUGGAGAUGCAGGUUAAAAGUCAGCGUCAUGGCACAGGGGAUGUGUUUAGAUGGGAACGGAAGGAAAGGUCAUCUAAGUGACCUCAGUGCCCUUCUCCUUUUUUUAUUUUUUAAGAAAGGGAGAUUCGGUUUUGGUAACUUAGUCAACUAAUUUUUCUGUAAUUUUAUUCUGAAUUCUCUUUCUGAUAGGUUCCUCUGGCUAGGUCCGAGACUUACUUAAAUGAACUUCUGGAAGAAGUUUGCAAUAGCAUGAGCGAUUAUGCCCUCUAUGAGGACCCGGACACCAAAGAAAAGAGCUACAAGAGAUUUGCACCAAGAGGAAAUGAUGGCGUGAAUUUUCCCGAUUUCAAAAAUUUUAAGUUUGAUGGACCAGAGAGUUCCAGUGCCUUGAAGUUUGCUUGUGAAAGCAUCGUGGAAGAGUUGGAAGAUGAUAUCAUCUCCCUCUUCUCCAGUGAGGCAGACCAUGUGGCUAAGACGCUGUGCAGUGAAGUAUCAGGUCAUUGUAAGAGCUCCGUUUUCCAGCACACUGAACUUUAGUUCCAGAUUAGCGUCUGCUGAAGAACACUCAAAUACCCGGACCAAAAAUGAAGACAUUAAAUAUUUUCCUAAAGUAUGUUAUUGUUUAGAAUUUUUUCAAAAUGUGAUGAUACACUUUAUGAACGUCAAAUAAGUUUUAUUACAACUGCUUCCACUGUUGAUUAGUGGGCACACUCUUCUUGUAUUACCUUAAUACAUAUAUAUAUAAUAAACUUGAUUUUAUUCCGAUGACUUGUAAUUUAAUUUACAUGUUUAAUUCUUUAGUUCAUUUUUACAUCAAUUUAGUUUCAUGGCAUUAACUAUGGUAUUACCAAUGUUAUUUAUGGAACGUUUGACCGUGAUAAAAGAAAAUAAAAUAUUUCAAAUAUA